AUGAUGUUCAGCAAGACUAUCACUUUGGCCGCUCUUGCCAGCCUCACUGCUGCUCUCCCCACUGCCAACCCCGUCAAGCGGAGCGGCGGUGUCAACAUUGUCAACAACCUGGGUGAAACCGUUUACGCGUGGUCUGUUUCUGAUAGAGUCAGUAACAUGCAUUCCCUUUCUGCGAACGGUGGCAACUACCAGGAAUCCUGGCAAACCAACGAGAACGGCGGUGGCAUCUCCAUCAAGCUGUCCAACACCCAGGAGCAGUCCAACGUCCUCCAGUUUGAGUACACCCAGUCCGGUGACACCAUCUACUGGGACAUGAGCUGCAUCGACCUCGGCGGAGAAAACGUCUUCACCAAGUACGGUUUCUCCGUCACCCCCUCCACCACUGACGGCAACUGCCCCUCUGUCAACUGCGCUGCCGGUGACACUGCCUGCGCCGAGGCUUACCUCAAGCCCGACGAUGACCAUGCUACUCACGGCUGCCCCAUUGACACCUCCUUCAGUGUCAGCAUUGGCAACUAA